GUGACGUUCUAUUCACAACAACAACAUCAACAACUAUGGCGGAACGUGAGUCGUCAAACGCGGAAGAAGCUGCAAAUGUUGUUACUCAAAGGAGAAGUAAAAGAAAAAGGGUCAUACCAAGAAAAUCACUGGAUUUUGUAACUUUGCAGCAACAGGCAGAUGAGGAUUCAUCGACUUCAACUCCUGCAAGUGAAGAGUCAGAUAGGCCAGUGGCUGCUGGCAAAGGAAAGAAGAGAGUUUCUGUGGCUUCCAAAGCACGUGGUGGCAAAAGAGGAAGUAGAAAGACAAGGGGGCGAUGUUUUGAAGGAGACGAGGAAGAAAGGCUUGUGCUUCUGCAUGAGCAGAGGAAAAAACAGGCGGAUGAUACUAGAGUUGCGACACCUUAAGGGUUUCGCGUGAUGGAAUGAGUGGGAACUAAAAAAAUGUGGGUUCGAAAAUUUUGGGAAAGAAAAUGUGGGAACGAAAAGGCACGACACGACACGAUGAGCUGGCUAUGACAAUACCUCAGGUAUUCUCCGAAAACAGCCGAGCGCAUAUGCAUAAGUCAGUGAGUAAUACUCAACAAGACUAUUGUCAAGCAAAUUUGUCCCCUACCGGCUCCGCCAUUGUCAGAAUUUAUUUUAUUUUUUUAUUUAUUGCCAUAGAAACCAGAAUUUUUGACGUAGGAACAAAAUGAAAUCACGUGCAUAAUGUUCUUAUUGCCAUCUAUCCAUGUUUCAAGUUUCAUGAAAAAAUAUUAAGAACUUUAAAAGUUAUCGCAGGAUUCAGAAAAGUGUGACAGACUGACUGACUGACGGACACAGAGCACAAACCAUAAAUCCCCUCCGGUGAAACCGGAUGUGGACUAAUAAAAGCUACGCACGGCGUAUAAAAUCAGAACCACUGGGUCGAAUCUGCUGAAACUUGGCCACAUUAUAGAUUAUAGUCCAAAUUAACAAGCUACAGAAUGAGCGUUUUUGGACCAGACAGCGUAAAACAUCAACCAAUAAUGGACAGCACAAAAUGGGUAAUUUUGUACAAAAAAUGUAAACUUUGAGUGGCAUUUAAUGACCUUUAGACAUCAGAAAGUUGCAAAUUUUUAAUACAU